AUGACUUUCCUAAAAGCAUUUCCGGUUUCACCAUUGCAGGUAAUGAAAAGCGGACAUCCGGUGCUGUUUUCCAGUUGCUGGUACGUGAACUACAUCAAGUACGGAACGGACUGGCUGAACUUCUACAGAUGUGACCCCACCUCUGAGGUCGGCGAUAACCGUUUGUUUUUGGGAGGGGAGGCAUGCAUGUGGGGCGAGUUCGUGGGCGAAACGAACUUAUUGCCAUACACGUGGCCCAGGACCAGCGCUGUGGCCGAAGUGCUCUGGUCACACAAGCUAAACGAGAUUGAAGCCAAGCACAGGAUCGAGGAACACGUUUGCAGAAUGAGGCGGAGAGGAAUACCCUUAGAACCAUUAUAUUAUAGGCACGUAUAUACCUAA